AUGGCCGGCAACACGGCUACCCUCGCGGAUGACUUCAACUCCUCCGACAUCGAGAUUCCGGAACGACAAGAUGAGUACGCACAUCUAGGCGGCGACUCAUUGCACCGGGCCCUCGCCCGAGCAGCAGAAGAUCGCGUCUCGAGCAAAAUUGCGUACAAACAGCGACCCAUCUACUACGGUUCCCCCAGGACGAAGAACGCGCAGGCCGUUUGGCGUAACCGAUUCCUUGGGUUCUUGAAGGACAGUCUGAACGUUGCACCAGACCAGAUGCCUACGAGCGAGCACAUUAUACGCUUCGCCUACGCAUACCCGAAGUACAUCGAAGGCCGCGGCCCCUCUGGAAUCAUGACCUACUCAAGCCUCUCUGAUGGCAUUGCCUGGAUCAUCAUCACCACGCAAGCCGCGCAUCCCGAGUUCAAGAUCAAACCAGGAGAAGCCACCCAGAUCAAGGCUGCAUUCGGCGAAAUGCUUGAACAGGGUCACAUAACUAAAGAUGAGAGUAGGGAGAAGAAAUGGAUGAGUGGACGCCUCGUGUUGUUCAUCGCCACCGCGUGGCUCCGCGAUGCUGCCAUGAACGGAUGCCGUAAUUGGGAUUUUGUUCUUCAAGGAGCCUUGUCUAUGGCUCUAAUGGUAUCAACAGGGGCUAGGUCGGGAGACCUUGCACAGUCGUCAUGCUUCAAGGGCAGAGAGUAUGCCAAAUGGGGUGACUUCACCGUGAGGCUCGUCACGGAUCAAGCAGGAUUCGAAGCACUCGAUUGUCUCGUUGAACUCCGCUACACAAAAGGCAACAAGGAUAGUAGCAACAUCGCACACUCGAUUAAGCUAGAGCUGCUGUCGCCACAAUUCAACGUAUGCGAUCCGAUCAAGCUUCUCGUCGUAAUGGCCCUCCGGAGCGGCAAUGUCGCAGAAACCUCGAUCGAGUCUCUCCUGGCCACAACCCGUGCACGGCAAAACAAGACGAUCUUGUGGAAAGAUCCUACACUGCCCAUAUUGAUGGCGGCGAAUGCUGGUCAUGCCCUCACUCACGAUUCCCCAGCGCCAGAAUCGCAACUGCGCACGGUUCUGCAGCGGGCUUCUUCCUUGGUAGGGUUGUUGUCAACCCCAGGGACGCAUGACAUCCGCCGCGGUGUAGCCUUCGAGGCCCACCACUUGCCGUCCACCAAAGAAACCUCGAGCCACGAGCGUGCCAGAAGGUUGAUGGGUCACACGAAUGCAGCUGCCCAGUCAGGCGUCACCCAGGACUACAUAGGUGGUGCGGUAUCAGGUCUCAUGGAAGAGCGCUUACAGGCCGACUGGACGAAGAUGCCGGCAACAAGGCUUCACGAACAGUCACAAUCAGAAUACAAGAAACCGAAAUUCAGCACGGAGGAGGUAGAAAAGUACCUCGGCAGCAAAGGGCCGGCGUCCCAGAAUGAUAAGAGGAGAGCAAGACGCCACAUGGCAAAGGCUCAUCGUGACGAAUGGGUCAAGACCAGCAGCCUGUCCGGAUUCAACCGUGUCGAUUCGGAAAAGGAGAACGAGGACUACAUCCCUAUAGAUCCACAGUUGACUCCGACCGUGUCAGCCCCGAAAAGGCGCAAGACGAACCCGCUGUCAGAAGCCGAUCAAAACGCCAUGACGCAUGCCCCAGCGCUGGCAGAGCGCCAGUAUGCAGCAGCACCGGCAUUCGAAGUUGACAUGGUGCAGAGCGAGAUCCCAGUAGAUCCGAUGUUGUCAGGCUUCGUGGAAAGCCUACUAUCAGAUAAAGUAUUCGACAUGAACAGUUACUCGGAAGACAUUUUCGAUCUCGAACCACUGGCCGCCGCAAACUCUCCGAAAGACCCGUAUGAAUCAACAUCCUCGAUUUCCACCGAGGAGGACCCCUUUACACUUUCGUGGAUCUCGUUCAUCGAACACUUCUCCAAGAUCAACAUCAGAUCAGCUCAGACUCUGGCAAUCAACGGAGGCAGCAAGGACUCUUCUAGCAUUUUUGGCAUGAGUUGCUCAAAAGGAUGCGGCUUCAGCGCAACAAUCAAUCAACGCAUGCAGGCGCACGAACUGUUUUGUAAAGGAAAACAAAAGUCGCAUGACAAGAACGUUCCUUGCACAACAAGCGGCUGCGACAAAAAGUUUACGGCUCUCAAGGGCAUGCAGAACCAUGUCCGUAGAAUUCACGACUUCAAGCCUUCGCCCUGCACUCGCAAGGAUGAGUGCGACCAGACUAUAGUGUACCCGACUUACGCAGCGAGGCAGAAGCACUACCUGGCGACACAUUGCUCGUACAAGCCGAGAACCUGUCCGCGCUGUGUAGGUACUCCUAAGGAGCACAAGAAGCUCCCCCAGGAGCAAGAUUUCCGCGUCCAUAUGGCGAAGGUGCACGGGUUGUCCAUGGCGGAGGUGGACAAGGUGCUAGCGGAGAACCUUGCUCCCACUGAGGAAGAGACCCAGUAA